AUGCAGAGGAGUAUGAGUUUUUCUCUACAAGCAGGAGAUGCUAAUUCAAAGUUUGAUGAUGAUGGUCGUCAAAAAAGAACUGGAACGUUGAUAACGGCAAGUGCUCACAUAAUAACAGCAGUUAUUGGGUCUGGAGUGUUAUCUUUGGCAUGGGCGAUUGCUCAGUUGGGGUGGAUUGCUGGGCCUGUGGCUCUCAUUGUUUUCUCUCUCAUCACUUGCUUCACUUCUGUGCUGCUUGCUGACUGUUACAGGUCUCCUGAUCCUGUUACCGGCAUCAGAAACUACAGUUACAUGGACGUUGUCAAAGCCAAUCUAGGUAAUUUAUCAUGCAAAUAA